AUGCCAGAGUCUCUAAAUAUCGCGAUUGUUCUUUGCAGCUCGAGAAAGCCUCGUGUAUGCCCUCAAAUCGCCAGAUUUGUUAAAAAUUGUAUCUUAGACAGUUCUCCUGUUUUGACUGAUCUACAAAAACCAGAAUUGACGUUGAUAGAUUUGGAAAAAUGGAAUUUACCCCUUUUCGAUGAAUCUGGAAUUCCGUCGCAGAUCAAGAACGGGAAAUAUGAUCACGAACACACCAGGGCCUGGAGCAGGGAAAUUCAAAAAUACGACGGAUUCAUUUUUGUGGUCCCACAGUACAAUUGGGGGUAUCCAGCUGUGGUCAAAAAUGCUAUUGAUUUUCUAUAUCACGAAUGGAGCAAUAAAGCCGCUCUGGUGGUCAGCUAUGGCGGUCACGGUGGCAGCAAGUGCAAUGCCCAAUUGACGGAGGUUCUGCAAGGUGUGAAGAUGAUCCCAGUUGAAGGCGGAGUGCAACUCGCUUUUCCUGACAGAGAAACGCUUGUCAAAGCUGUUCAAGGUGCUGAGAUUGCCAUGGCCGCAAAUGACUCAGACUCUGGAGCAGCUAUUUGGUCUGAAGAACGGAAAACUAUCGCAGAGGCAUUUCAAAAACUUUUAGAUACGAUCAUGUCGACGAAAGUCAAGACUGUGCUUUCGGAGAAAUGA